AAUUCUGUUCACUGAGCUCGUUGCUGGUUGAUAAACUCGCUGUCAGUGUGUCAUCUGUUUAUUUGCGACCUGUUCACGAGUGGGAGAAGGAGCAGAAACUCCCGGUAUCAGUGUGCACAGGUGUGUUCAUCCCGCGUGACCAUAGCAGGAACACGGAAGUCGCGCACCUGUAAGGUGACGUCAUGCGCUGAAGUACCUGCAGCAACUCGUCCAGCUGAAUCAGUCACCGAGUCUACCUUCAGGAGAGAAGACAAAGAAGCCACGUCGGGAGUUCGCAAGGAAUAUUUCUUGAAGUAUUUUUUUCUACUUUCAUUGCGAGGACUACGGAACGGAUUGACAGACCGAUGGGGGCCGCCCGGGUCGCGGUUUUGGGCAUUUUAUUCGUCGCUUUUCAGGCCACAACUUCCGUGACUUCUGAGGAGCCAAAAUGUGUCCCUGGAUUCAAGUCUCACUUGUUGACUUUCAAUGUGUUCAGGAAGCACCUGAGGAUGGGCACGAGACUGGGAAAAGUGGGAUUCACCGACUGCACAAACCGCACACGCUUCCUGUUCAGCACUGAUAACAGCCACUUCGCGGUACAGGCAGAUGGCGUAGUGAAGGUAAAAAGACCGACGGGUAUUCGUGGACAACUGGAGUUCCUUAUCCACUACUGGGAUUCACAAGGGCGCUUAAUGAGUCUUCCUGUCCGAGUGGUGCACGUUGAGCAUCUGCAUGGGAACCACCACCACAGAUCUGAGCAACACCAUGGAGAACGCAGUCAGCCGAACCAUCAGCCGAGCCAUCAGCCGAGCCAUCAGCCGAGCCAUCAGCCGAGCCAUCAGCCGAGCCAUCAGCCGAGCCAUCAGCCGAACCAUCAGCCGAGCCAUCAGCACCAUGAUCAGCACCAUAAUCAGCACAGGCUUGAGCACAAUGAUCAGCACCGGCCUCAACACAACCCUCAGCACCAUGUUCAGCACCAUGAUCAGCAGCACCAUUAUCAGCAGCACCAUCAGCACCACCAUCAGCACCACCACCCCACCGACGUGGCAUCUGCUAAUAACACAGAGAAUGCAACGGAUGGACCGGUGCCCAUUCUGCUUUUUCCCAAGAAAGUUGCCGGGCUGAGGAGGAGUAAGAGAGACUGGGUUAUUCCUGACAUAAAAGUUUCUGAGAAUGUCAGAGGACCAUACCCUUUUAAAGUAUCUCAAAUCCGUUCAAACGAGGAUAAAGUGAAGAAGAUCUUUUACAGGAUCAGUGGUCCAGGAGCCAGCGAGGACCCCGUUGGCCUGUUCACCAUGGACCGCAACACUGGUAAUCUGUACGUCACACAAUCUCUGGACAGGGAAGCCAAGGCCACGUACAUGUUUAAAGCGCAUGCCGUGUCGGACGGUGGAGGAACUUCAGAAGAGCCGAUGGACAUUGUGGUGCAUGUCAUUGACCAGAAUGACAACAAACCGAUAUUCACCCAAGACACCUUCCUGGGAGAAGUUGCCGAGGCCUCGCCAAAUGGUUUCGAGGUGAUUCAGGUCGUGGCCACAGAUCUCGACGAGCCAAAUAACGACAACUCCGACAUCGCCUACAGUAUUUUGAGCCAGGAUCCAGCGCUUCCCACCGACAAGCUGUUUGUCAUCAACCCGGUCACCGGAGUCAUCAGAGUCCAAGCCAGCGGGCUCGACAGAGAGAAAUACCCAAAGUACACUCUGAUAGUUCAAGCGGCUGACAUGAUGGGAACAGGGUCGACUGUGGAAGCCAAAGUGAUCCUGACCGUCACGGAUAGCAACGACAACGCGCCGGCCUUCGUUAAGCCGUCCUAUGAAGCGUCGGUUGACGAAAAUAAAUUGGCCGCUUAUAUGCUGAUGAUGACGGUGACGGAUGGCGACGAGCCACUGUCCCCGGCUUGGAACGCCGUCUUCACGAUUGUCAGCGGUGAUCCCGGAGGACAUUUCUCCGUGAGAACUGGAAACAACAAACAGGAGGGAAUCCUUUCCACCGUCAAGGGUCUCGACUUCGAGAGGAGCACCGUGCACACUCUCAUGAUCUCAGUGAAGAACGAGGUUCCCUUUGCUACUCCCCUGGCCACCAGCACCGCCACGGUGGUGGUGCGCGUGCUCGACGUCAACGAGGCGCCGGCCUUUGAUCCAAUGGAGAAGAUCGUGUCGAAGCGGGAGGACCUCGCCGUGGACGCCGAAGUGGUGCAGUACAGCGCUUUUGACCCGGACACCGCGCGCAAACAGAAAGUCAUGUAUCGAGUAAUUCGAGACCCUGCCGGAUGGCUGAGUGUGGCCAAAAACACCGGUCUGAUUAAAGUCAAGAAUCCCAUGGACAGGGAGUCCGUCUUUGUCAAGGACAACAAGUACACGGCACUCAUCGGUGCCUAUGACAACGAUGAUGUCCCGGCCACAGGAACCGGCACUCUGAUCAUCCAGCUCGAAGAUGUCAAUGACAAUGCGCCCACCAUUGAGGAACGGUCGAUCAAGGUGUGUCACAAGGAGUCUGUUCCUCAGCUGCUGUCGGUAACGGAUAAAGAUGGACCGGGCUUUGCUGCUCCAUACAGCGUCUCAUUACAGGGCAUGUCGAAGACCAACUGGACCGCUAGGAUGAACGGUUCCAAAACGGGCAUCCUCCUGAAUUUAGGCAUAGAGCUGGAGAGUGGCGAGUACACGGUGGUGCUGAGGGUGGCAGACCACCAGGGCCAGGAGCAGGACAGCACCGUCCUGGCCACCGUCUGCGACUGCACCGGGGAGGACGUGAUCUGCAAAGGCCGUGUGGCCGGUGGCACCGGGCUGCCGUUGAUCCUGGGAAUACUGGGAGGCAUCCUGUUGCUGCUCAUGCUGGUGUUGCUGCUGCUGCUUUUCGCGAGACGCAGGAAAGGAGAGCAGAAGGUUCCUCUGCUGCAGGACGAUGACAUCAGAGACAACAUCUACUACUAUGACGAAGAGGGAGGCGGCGAGGACGAUCAGGACUAUGAUCUGGGAGUUCUCCACCGCGGUCUGGACAACCGGCCCGAAGUGUUCAGAAACGACGUGGUGCCCAACUUCAUGCCGGCUCCUCAGUACCGGCCCCGCCCCGCCAACCCCGAGGAAAUCGGCAACUUCAUCGACGAUAACCUGAAGGCGGCCGACAACGACCCGACGGCGCCGCCCUACGACUCCCUGCUGGUGUUCGACUACGAGGGCGGCGGCGGCUCCGACGGCGGGAGCCUCUCGUCCCUGAACUCGUCGAGCAGCGGCGACCAGGACUACAACUGCCUCAACGAAUGGGGACCGCGCUUCAAGAAGCUGGCCGACAUGUACGGAGGCGGAGAAGACGACGACGACAUGCUGUAAAUGUGCCGGAAAGAGAGAAGGCGACGUGGAUGCACGUGCGGCGGUGUGAACGGAUGACUGCAUCCCAGGGAAAUUAUACUGCAGCCAGACGUCAGAAGGCCAACAGAUGUUUUUCUGUGUGAGGGUUGAGGUUUGCCGUCGGGUCAGUCCUGUCAGCCGCCACCGGUCAGAAGCCAAAGGAUGACUUGUUUUUAAAUGUUUUCUUUUUUAUACACGAGUUGUGUCUGCCUGUUUUUAGAUCCCUGUUUUGUUCUCGGCUAAAGACUAACUUUUCUUCUUGUACAUGUUCUGUUCUUUGACAAAGUGGAGCCACAUCGGUCUCGAGGUUUGAUUCGUGGAUUCUGAGCAGAUAUUUUAGCGUGUGUUGUAGCCUACUGGGCGCCUCUGGACACACACAGAUGCUUUGCAGUUGCACUGGUAAUGUUUGCGUAUUUCUGGCAAUGUAUGGUACUUAAUGUUUUUUUUGUUUUAAUUUCUUUUAUAUGGAGUUUGUACUACUGCUUCAGUUGAAUUUUAAUGGUUUUGAGGAAUGAAAUUUCAGGGGAAAUCGGGUAGAAAGCCUCCAUCACCCUCCAUGGACGGGGUCAACGAGACUAAUGCUUCUUUCGAUGCUUGAUUAGUGUUCAGUUGCCAUUUUUAUUACAUUUAAAUGUCAAACACUUUUUUUCCAUUACCUCCUGUGGUAAUUUAUCACAAAGGCUUUGUUCAUUUCGAAUUAUUUUUUUUAUAAAGUUAUCUUAAUACAAUAA